GCUUGCAGGAGACUAGGACUCACUGCAGAGGUUCUGGUAACGUCCCCUUCCCCUGUUCCCUACACCUGGGGAAGGACAGAGCACAAGGAGCCCUUGUCAUCCUUCUCCUGGCUCCGUAUUCCGGGGUGGGGACUUCACUCUGAUAACAUUCUCCCCGGGACAAGGCAGGCUAGGGCAGCCGGGAUGGCUAAUUACACAAAUUAGCACCAUCCAUUCAUGGAGUCCAAACCAAGCAGGGCAACCAGCCCUGCAGAUUUCAGGAGGCUUUGUGCAGGCAGCAGAGGGUCAGUUCCUGCCUUCAGGGUGGCCCAGCACCGGACAAAGCUCAGCAACAGCAGGGAGAGCAGGAGGAGCGUGGACAUGGGGACCGUGCGGCUGGUUCUGCUGACCUCGGGGCUGAGCCUCUUCUCCGUGGUGCAAGCUGACAUGCUCCCUCUGACUCCUGCCAGCUCUGAAGAGCUUUUAGGAACCUGGUACAUAAUACGCUGGGCGGGAGACAUGCCUAUUCCUGGAAGGAAGAAGACCAGCCCACUGCCGCCCUUCACGUUCAUCAGAAACAGAAUCAGUAAGCUGGAGUUCAGGAUGAACAUCAAGAAAUCCACCGGAUGUUUUCUGUUCAAGCUGCCUCUGGAUGAAUUUGAUGCCAUUGGCGUCUUCCAUGCCUGGUCAGGACAUUUCAUCAUCAUCCAGUUCCUGCUGGGGAAGGAUCAUGCCAUUGCCUACUACCAGGGCAGGAUGGACAAUACCAUCUACAAGAUGAUGAUGCUUGUGGGUGAGUUCCCGGCCUUGCUGUGGCUAUGGGAGUUGAUCAAGGGCUCUGAGGCACCAGGCAUGGACAGGCUGCACUGCCUUCUUGCCCAGUCCCCUCCAGCUCCCACCCAGGGCGCUGUUCCUGGGAUCACUGGACUCUCCCUGCACUCGUGUUAACAUCUCUGGUGCCUGGACCCCACACCUACUCGUGUUGGCAUGGCUCCUCACUUCCUUCUUCCCCUGCACCAGCAGCUGGUGUGGUCAUGCCCUGAUGCGGGGUUUCCCUGGAGCCCAUCUGCCCUGGGCACACUGGGCAAUGACCAGAGACACGUGUUAUUGUUAUGAGGGAGCAAUGGGGCCCUGGCAUCUGCAGGGUGGAGGCUGGAGCUCUAAUCAACUCCCUGCCACCACCAAGAGUAUCCGCCUUCCAAGACCAGCAGUUCUCAGGUGGAGAUCCUGGACCUGACUUUCACCACCACCCAUCCAUCAGCCCCAUCUCGAUGCGGAGGCUCAGCUCUCCCCACCCUCUCUAACCCCCGCUGGAAAUCCCAGUGCUUCUGCACCAAGGAUCCCUUGUGACCUGGGCACUCAUAAAUUUCCUCCCACUCUAGUCCAGGAUCCCACCUCCUCCCUUUCCUCCGGAAGCUUCCCCGGGUCUGGCCACCCCUGUCCUCAGUCCUGGGAGGCUCUGAUCCCACAAGUUACCAGCGAUCAUCAGUGCAGGAGCUCAGGCUGAAGCGGGGAGACGUGGACAGGGACACUCAGGACCGCGUCAUUACCUCGGGCCUCGGGGCCCUGAGUGCUCCACAGACCCUCGCAGAUGUCACUCCCCACCUCCUGUGCUUGAUCGCACUCCACAUGCUCCCCACGCCUCAGGGCUGCCCUGACUCCAGUGAGGGUGAAUGUCCACACCUAACAUGGCUCAGGCGGGGUGGGGUUCCUGGUGUGCAAAGUGCCCUGGGCCGGACUGGAGCCGAGGACGGACGAGGCCAACAGCUCUCCUCCUGAGGACCAGAAGUCUCAGGAAAGCCUCCCUGGUGGGCACUGGAGGGAGCUGGGCAGGAAGGCAGUGCACCCUGUUUGUCCCCAGCGAUCCCUGGCAUGCAGGGAGCCUUGGGCAGGAUUCGGGGGUGGGGGCCGUGUUGCCAUCAGGAGGUGCCUGGGCUACAGCCUCUGAGUCCAGGUCUCCCGAGAGAGAGGCCAGAACCAAGGAGACACUGAGGUCACUGAAGGAGCCAAGAACACACAGGCCGUGUGCGGGUCACUGAUGAGUGGCCCUCUGCCCUUGCCACCUUGUGCCUCCUCCCAUCAUGACUCAGGAGCAUCCUACCUGGACAGACCGGGGGAAGCCAAGGCAGGAUGUCCCUGAGCCCGGGAUGUGCCUGUUCGGGGACCUCUGUCCCUUACUCUUCUCUCCAGCACCAGGUCAGGUGACCCUCUUCCUGGGGAGACUUCAGAAGGGAGAACCGGCUGGAAGACUGCUGGCCUCCAAGGAGGCGAACCUGCUUAGGGGGCUGAUGUCCCAAACAAGGCUCAGACAGGACUCCUGCUGAAGACUCCUACCCGGCCGGUCUUCACAGGACGUUUGCAGUGGGGCCUUUCAAGCUCUGCUUGGAGUCCUUCCAGUGCCUGGAGGGAGAGGCCCUCCCAGCCCCCUCUUUCCAUCCCAGACCGGGGUGGGGGGGUUCCUGUCUCCCCUCCCUGACCCUCACCCAUCUGGU